ACUCCCAAUCCAAAUCGAUCCCCACCUCGCAGUCGCAGCGGGGGAUCCAUCUCGCCGGCGCCGCCGCCGCGGAACUGCUUGGUCUCCGCCGCGAACUCGCCCCCACGUACAACCAGCACUGAUCGGCCGGCGAGGCUGAUGAAGGCGUCGAUCAAGUUCCGCGACGACGACCGCCCGCUGAUGCGGGCCAAGGUGCCGGUCGGCGUGCUCGGGCUGCCGUUCCAGUCGGGCCUCGCGUCGGGCGGGGACCCGCGGGAGCUCCGCUUCGACCUCUCCACCGCCUUCGCGUCGGGCCCGGCGCUCCGCCUCUCGUACCGCCCCAACGACCCGGGCCUCCCCUUCGCGCUCACCGUCCGCGCGGGGCUCGGCCCGCUCGGCUCCCCGGCGCGCGCGCCCUUCGUGCUCGCCGCCGAGUUCAACCUCCUCUCCUCCGACCCGUCCACGCCGGCCUUUUUCCUCCGGCUCAAGCCCCGCCUCGGCGACUUCUCGCUUUCCCACACGCUCCGCUCCCCCGCAGACGGCGCCUCCCCGGCGCCCCGUAAGGUCGGGGAGGCGCCCCCCGACGCCGACGGCCUCGGCCACGUCCGCGAGCAGGAGUUCGGCUACAGGCCGUCGUUCUCGUUCACCGGGAGCGGGCUCGCGGCGGACGUGGCGGCGGCGGGGACGAAGAGCGGGGUCGGCGCGCUGCUGUCCGGGAUGCGGCUGACGACGCGGAGCGUGCUGCCGCUGUGGGGCAGGGCGAGCCUGCGGUUCAACUGGGGCCUGCGCGUGCCACCGGAGCUACUCGCGGACGGCGGCGGCCGCAGCAAGGGCGCGCGCGCGCCCGUCAGCAAGAUGCCGCUGCUGGUCAUGAGCAAGCUCUCCAUCGAGCAGUCCCCGCGCGCCGACGCGGACAGCAGGAAGUGCGGCAGAGCAGAAGCCCCCUCCCCGCUGUGCGUGGACGCGCCGAACGGCCCGGGAGACGGCGAGGCGGCGGCGUUCUCGCUGGUGAGGCGGCAGCUGGAGUCGCUGAACGUGGACAACAUGAUGCUGCGGCGCGCCGUGGAGGACCUCCGCGCCGAGAUCCGGAGCAGCAGCAGGAGGAGCACGCCCGUGGCUGCCGCCGGUGCCAGAGGCGAGGGUAGGGUGGCGGUGGCGGCGACCGCGCCGCCGCCGCGGCCGCAGCCUUACCACGCGUUCCCCGCGAAGCCGGACCGGCCCCGGGGCGCCGCGAGGGAACCCGCGCCCGAGAAGGCGGCCGCGCCGGACGACGUGGGCGAGGAGCUCAAGAAGGCAUUGGAGGCGCGCCUGCGGUGAGCUUAGCCUCGGCGGCCAUUGCACCGCCACGCCGGCAGCUCGCUGCUGCGGGCUGGCUGCAGCCUGGCUCCGGCAGUCCGGCCGCUGUUAAUUUCGCAGUUGCAGCUUUAGUAGCUCUAGCAAUCCGCUACUGUUAGGCGAUUUGAGGCUGCUCAUGUAUCCGUGUUGCUUGAUUAGCCAUGGUUUUGAGCAAAUGAUGUGUCGAAGGAUGGUGGCAACUUGUAAGUGGUGUGGUCUGGUCAUUUCUGUGCUGGAUCAUGUAAGCGACUAGUUCAGCUUCACUAUCUGAAUGCGAGAAGAAUGCUUAGGCCUUUUUGGCCCUUGUUAAGAAUAAA